AUGUUGAGCAAGCAGUUGCGUGUGAUCGUCGUGGACGACCACCAUCAUGUGCUCGAGCCUAUUCACCAGGCCAUACGAAAGCGCACGCUGCCGUUUUCCAACUGGACCCUCGUGCAUUUCGACGCACACCCCGACUUGGCGUUUCCCCGGGACAUCCCCGCGUCUUGUGUAUUUACUCCAUCUGCACUGUACGACGCACUGGACAGUAGCGAGGCUGGGAUUGCUUCGUUUCUCCUGCCGCUGGCAUUUGCAGGGCACAUGGGGUCGCUUGUGUGGGUCAAGCCUCCGUGGGCCAACCAGAUGGCCAUGGGCAACGAAACCUUUACCGUUGGCGAACACGUGGACAAUGGCAAGUCAUAACGGCGUAUCGCUUCUCCUUGGCCAAAUGGCGAGGUUAAUGUACACAUUGCAAACCGUA